GCGCUACUGCGAAGUGGCCCUCAUUCAGUUUUUCUGCUGUUUGUUGGCUUGUUUGUUGUCUCCGAUUGACGGUGGUGGGCUAAUCGACGCAUGAUCCAUGGCGACCACAGCGACCCCCGCAACUACCGCCGCUCCAGUGCAGCUACCGUUAGGCCAGGUUGAUUUGGCGGACUGCAUCGAGUGGCAGUCUGUGGAAUGUCUGAACGAAAAUUCGUUGCAUACCUCCGUCAACGCUCUUAAGCAGGGUUAUAGGGAAGACAAUGGUUUGUAUUUAGAAAGUGACGCUGAUGAGCAGCUACUACUCUAUAUCCCCUUCAACCAAGUGGUCAAGCUUCAUUCCUUGAUCAUCAGAGGACCUCCAGAGGAAGUAAUGCGUGGCGUUUUAGGCCCAAGAACUUUGAAGCUUUUUGCAAAUAGACCAAAUAUGGGUUUCAGCAACGUUACGGAUUUUCCUCCAAAUGACACAGUUAUUGCAUCUUUGGAGAAUCUGGAGGGAAAGCCCAUACCGCUCAAAUACGUCAAGUUUCAGAGUGUGCGAAGUUUGACACUAUUUGUUGAGGACAAUCAAGGAGGAGGCGAAGUAACCCAGCUUCAGAAACUCGCUAUUGUUGGUAGCACGGUCGAAACUACAAACAUGAAGGAUUUGAAGAAGAUCAGUGAAAACGAAGGAUGAGACCCUAGCUGGUGCGUCUUAAGUUGUCUUUGGUCAUUGAUGUCAUUGCAGUAAUUUACCAACUUUCUGCAGUGGAUCAUGGAUUUAGUCACAUACCUGGAUCAGCGUAGGGUCUUCUUGCCAUGCAUUGUAGUCAGACCUUUUUUUUUCUCUUCGAAAGUAUCUGAAUUUCAUUCCUGGAUUCCUAAAUGUUGAAUGGCGUAUGGCAAGAACUCAUGUGUGCACAGCAAGUUGUUGGAGGAGGAAAACAUUGGUUUUCUAUACAUAGAAUCUACUCUGUACCAACAAUACUGAGUAGAUUCUUUGUAUAGAGGAAAAGUGUUCUUUUUGGGUAUCAUCUGAAAUUAUAUCACAUCAACUUGUACCAAUUUUA